GUCUGCGCCGUCAGUGGCAGGGCCAUGCGGUCGAGCGGCUGUGCACAGCUGCACACGUGAGUGGCUCUGACCAGCUGAGCACUGUCAGCGCAGUAGAGUGAGUGUACCCAGCUGAACAUCGUCGGCAUAUACCAGCGCACCAACCACUGGUUCCUGGUCAACAGCUGGGUGCCCCUGUUUGCGAUCCUGCUGUGCUACCUCUACCUAGUGACGUCACUCGGUCCUCGGCUCAUGGGGGACCGCCCGCCCUUCCAGCUCAACACCGCCAUCCUCGUGUUCAACCUCUUCCAGAUCGGCUACAACAUCUACAUCUUCGUGGGGGGGAUGAAAUAUGGUUGGGCCUGGAAUUACAAUUUCCUGUGUCAGCCCAUUGAUCACAGCGCCACGGAUGAAUACUCCAUGGGGAUGGCGCGGAUGGUGUGGCAUUACUACAUGUGCAAGCUCGUCGACCUUCUGGACACGGUUAUCUUCGUGCUGAGGAAGAAGAACCAGCAGGUGAGCUACCUGCACAUCAUACAUCACUUCGGCAUGCCCUUCGUCGCCUUCUUCUGCGUCAAGUACUAUCCUGGUGGGCACGGCACAUUCACGGGCUUCCUGAACACGCCCGUGCACGUGGUCAUGUACACGUACUACCUGGUCGCCAGCCUGGGCCCGCAGUACCGCAAGUACCUCUGGUGGAAGAAGUACCUCACCAUGGCACAAAUGACGCAGUUCCUGCUGAUCGCCAUCCACUCGAGCCUGGUGUUCCUGCCGGGCUGCGAGGUGGACUCGAGGCCCUACUACUUCUUCCUGCCCAACACGCUCAUGAUGUUCUUCAUGUUCGCGUCCUUCUACCACCAGACGUACUCCGGCAAGAAGACCAGCUAGUCCCGGCACGCAGAGCCCUGCGUGCGGUCUGUCAAGUCUCAUCUUGUCUUGUCCAAACAAUUAUGCCACUACAGUUAAUUUUGUUUAGGUCAUUGUAUUAAUAACAACUUGUCGACACGAACUCAUUUAUAAAAAAAAUAACUUUUUAGUGUUGUUUUAGAUUGAGCUAAACAAUAUGCAAAUAGCCAAUGGCUAAGAACUAAUGAAAAUAAAAUAAAAUAACUGUGGAAUGCUAUUAAUAUAAAUAGUUUGUAAUUCUUUACACAUGGAGAAGCAGGGCUUGAAAAAUUGAAGUGCAAAUACUUUUUUUUUGUGUCAAAGAAGAUGCUAAAAUAAUAUUACAUCAUUGAUGAAUAACUAUUUAGUACAAUGCCUUCUAUUUUGUAUGUAACUGCCACACAUUUUAAUUGUAAAAAUUAUUAAACUGUUUAUAAAACAAGUUUUUUAAUUGUGUCUACAUGCAAAUAAAUAAAAUACUUUUAUUUAUUGAAAAUAUGUUAUAAAAUAAAUAAAACUGACUAAACUUUUAAAUUGUUUUAAUAUCAGUGCAGUUUAUGUUGGAAAUAAUUAAUAAUAAAUUUAUGACAUG